GCUACAUAAGUAAAAUGGCAUCUUCUGAACCUCCAUUGCCUCUGCAUCUCUGCUUCUUUGUGCUAACACUAGUUCUACUAAUAAGUGUGUCAUGCUACAUCAACUACGAGCCGGUGGUAGAGGCCAUGUUCGACCAAGUGAAGCUGCUUUUCAUGGUGUCUCCAUUGCUCAUACUGUGUGCUCUUCACUUGCUUUCCAAUGAUCAAAACACAUAUUUAUUGGGUAAUUUGUCAGAGAGAGACAGUCCAUGGGGAGUUGCCUUUUCUCUUGUUUUUCUGUUUUUCAUGAUCUCCUACCACUCUUCUUUUCAACAGCUCUGCUUUCCUCUUCUUACCAGAUAGUACAAUAUUUACCUUGUUUUUUCUUUUUCUUUUUGUUGAAUUAGAGGCCAAAUCGAUCGAUACAUUAAGACGCGGAAUGUAUAUAAAUUUAUGAUGAAUACUAUUUAGAUUUUGCUGUGUACUAA